UGCCAUGCGUUUGCCAAAAGCACGGGACGGGCCCGAAAGCGCGCCCUUCGACUUGACAAUUGCCUUUCGAAUAUGACUCCGUCUCCAACACUCAUCCGCAGCUACAACUGCGUUAGAUUUCAACAACAGCGACUCACACCUCAUCUACAGCGAUGGCGACCUUCACUGUCGAGCCUGUGAACAACCGAGAAGACCUCGCCGACACCAUUAAACUGUUCAAGAUCUACGCCCAGUCGCUAGGCAUCGAUCUCCAAUUCCAAGAUUUCGACAAUGAAAUGUCAUCCAUGCCCGGUAAAUAUGCUCCACCCACAGGAGCUCUGUAUCUCGCUCGCAAUAACGAAGGCCAAGCCGUCGGGUGUGUGGGUCUGCGACCACUGAGCAUACCAAAUCACUGCGAGAUGAAGCGAUUAUACGUUGAUCCCAAAGGUCGCGGAAUGGGAAUUGGUAAAGCUCUAGCGGAGAAAGUCAUUGCGGAAGCUACAAGGCUGGGAUAUGAGGCUAUGGUGUUGGAUACAUUGGAGUCUAUGGAAUCUGCCAGAGCUUUGUACAAGUCAUUGGGAUUUGUGGAGACCAAAGCGUAUUAUGAGACGCCGUUGGAGAAUACGCAUUUUCUAAAGUUGGCGCUCAGAUAGUGAGCUGUCAGCUCAGCAGGAGAAGAGUUGUGCGUAUGGGCAGGGCAAUCGGUUUUGGUCCAGAGCUCGACAGGUCGUCAGCUCUCUGCCUUUGCGAUAUCGGUGGAGCUGGACGUGGAGAGAGCUCGACCAGCUUAACGACACCUCGUCGUUCUGUUUACAGAGAAGUUUCCAAGCCAUCAAAAGUACAGACGGCAGACCCGGUCAUUCACAGCAGCAGAAAGAGCCAGCCAAAAUAUCCAAAAAUCAAGAACAUAACAUAACAAAGAUGCAAUUAACACGCGCCGCCCAAAAACCCUCCACUCCCUCUCGCCAACCCACAGAGACAUUCACUGGCUC